ACACGGUCAGCACAGAGCCCAAUGUGGGGCUCGAUCCCACAAACUGUGGGAUCGUGACCUGAGCUGAAAUUGAGUUGAUGGUGAACUGAGCUACCGGGUGCCCCAGAAUCUUGAUUUUAGAAACAGGGCUUUCAGGGAGAUCAUGGUUAGGAGGGGCUGGCUUUGGUCUAGGUCGGCUCACAGCCCACCCCCUGGUGCCGUGCCGCCUGGCACAGGCAGAGAGGAGGGGGCAGUGGGGACGGAGGGGUCUUCGGCCCUUCUCAGUGCCCUGCCCCCAACUUAGGUUCUGGGGAGGCAGGGGCGGCCCCCACGGAAGCAGAGGUUCUGGUCACAGAUGGGAGCAGGGCUGGGAGGUGGAGUUCCCAGGCACAGACCCUCCGUGCAGAAUGGACGCCUGGCCCAGGGCACGGUCACCGGGCACUCCAUGGGGGAGGUGCCCCCUGACGGCCUCAGCGUGUGCUGCACGGCACCGAGUUUUGGUUUGAAAGAACAUCUGAGGUGAAGGAGCAGGGAGCCCGGGGGAGGGCAGUGAGGGCCCGCCUCUUCUCCCGGGGUCACGGGGGCACACGCCUCCUCUGGGGACACAAGGACUGGCAUGAAAGCUGUCCUGCCCCUCACCGUGGGUCCAGCUGGGACAACAGAGGCCCCUGGCGUGGGUGCCUCCACACCGCCUGUCCCCACCCCGGUUCCCAUGGGUCUUCGGUGGGAGUCCGGGGGCCACCGGGUAGAGAUGGUCUGUGUGUCCCCAGGGCCCGCAGAUGUCCACUUUGUCUGGGAGAAGAACGGCCGAGAACUGGAGAUGUGCGUCCCCAUGCAGACCCACGUGCUGCCCGACGGCAGGGCCCACGUGCUCAGCUGGCUGCGAGACGCCAUCCGAGAAAGCGCCGAGUACCGCUGCUCCGUCCUGUCCUCUGCGGGCAACGGGACCUCCAAAGUGCGGGUGACCGUCGUGAGACACGGUGAGUGGCCCCCGCCCCUACCGCGCUCCCAGCUCCGACGGCGGGCGUGCUGGUGCCCUGGCGGCCGGCAGGAGGGAGGAGCGUGUGGCCCGUGCCCGGCCAGCCUCCCCGGCACUGGCGGCGCUUCCGCACCCACCUCCUGCCACCCGUUCACUCCUUGGCGCGUCUGGGACGCCGGUCCUGAGAGCCCGCGUCUCCCUUCUCUGUCCCCAAGUCCCCUCCCCUGCCACGUGGAGGCCUGCCUCACGUCACGUCCGCAUGCUUUGCACACGGCCACCCAGGCCUGCUGGGGGUUUCCCGCCCGGCUGGGCCCGGGGGCCGCUGGAAGCCGGCUCUUCCUCGGGGAGGUGUGGACACUUGUUUCCUCCGCUCCACUCUACUUCCUGUGCUCUUUCUGGACCCGUUUUCCGAGCCGCUGGCCGCCUGUGAGGCAGCGCGUGUGCAAAGGGCCCGGCCCCCCACCCGAGCGUCUGGCCUCCCCGUUGCUGGCCUGGGGUCCCGCUUUCUCAGGUCUGCUCAGUUUCCACGGGUGCCUCUGCUUUUCAGAUUCCAGGUUUUUGGGGUUUCCUCUUCUGUCCGCUUGCGAGAGUUUACGUUUAGGGCCCUGCUGAAAAGGUCCCUGUCCUUCCAGUACAGGACUGGGGACAGAAAGAAGUAAUUGCAAAGCUCUCCCGGCGGGAAUCCCUGUUCUUCCCCUUUCUGGAAAGUGUCCUGCCUGCCUGAGUCAGGUAAACCGAAUCUUCACGUAAACACGGGGGCAGCACUGUCCGCAAAGAGCUGAGCGGAAACACAGAAACCACCAUGCUCGCCUGUCACCCCGGCUGCCUGGGAGGCAGGCUCUGGUCCUCGGUUCACAGACGGUGACCCGACCUUGAUCUCGGGUGGCGGGCUAGGACGUGAGCACAGUCGGGACAUCUCGGGACGUGCCUGCCUGCCCACCCAGCCUGUCAUGUCUACUGACGGGAGUGCCAGGGCAGGGGUGUUAGGAACGCAGGGACUCUCUCAGGACGGGAGUCCCUGCAGGGUCCCUUGGGGUUAAGGACCCCUGAAGGUGCCUCUGGAGCCCAGGCCCCGGCCCAGUCCUGCUCAAGGAGUAAGUUCCGCUUUACGUCUCGUGGGCUCAGGUCCCUGGCACUCACUUCUGAAACGAGCAACACGGGCCACGGGCAGAGCAGGGACAUGGUGUGUUUCUGUUUCCAAACAACCACAGCUGUCUGGCCUGCACCACCCUCACAGCCCCACAGAUCAAGCUCCCGCGACCUCCUGGGGGAGGUCCCUGCAUCACCCCAAAAUGCGGAGGGAGAGCGCCUUUCCUGCCCGGACAGGACUCACGCAGGAUGAGGACGGGGCCAGCGUGACCCUGGGGCUGGUGGCCUGGGGAAGGGCAGGAGGGGGCUGCUGACCGUGGAAGUCCCCACAGCCAGAAGGCAAGGCCAGAGGAGUGGGCGCCUCACCCGCUACCGAACCAGAGACCCGGCUCUCAGAAUGGCCUCGGCGGCCCGCACGCACCCGCCGUGCCUCAAAGGCCGGCAAGGCUGACAGCCGGCGCCCCACUUGUCUUGCAGAGGCGACCCACCAGGAGCAGUGGACCAGAGAGCUGGCCACCUGGAAGGCUGUGGCUGGGGAGCACGACCGCAUGAUGCGCAGCUGGAG